AUGGGGAUGCUCAGUACAGGUGUGCUUGAGGCUGACCGAUAUGUGCACGGAGUCUCCUAUAUCCCCGUAAGUUGCGAACCCGUGCCUGCAAACACCCUGAUCCCCAAAUCCAGAGCUCGCCGGCGCCAUGUUCCCGAUGUCCGACGCGGGAUAGUUCCUCUUCUCCGGCUCCUACAACAACCCCCUGCCGCCAACUCCUCCGGGCGGCGCCCCGGGUCUCCCGCCUGCUGGGUCAUCCUCGACACGGCAGCCUACAUCGCCGAUAACAAGAACGGGACGCGCGCCGAGACGACCACGCGCACGGGCCAGGUCCUGGGCGUGUCCUUCUGGCUCGCCGACCCGCCGGCCGUCUCCCACCUGUGCGUCCACUGCCCGGGCAUGAGCGUGACCGACUUCCUGGACGAGCCUCUCGUCGUGUGCUCCGGCAAGGACGUCGCCGUCAUCCGCGUCGCCUACGCCUUCGGCGCCAGGCCCAUCUACAGAGCCGGCCACGCCACGAACCCAUCGCUCGAGCUGCUCCCGAACCCGAACCCAUCUUCUUCGGCUUCUUGCCCACCGCCGAUGGCGAGGACUUCUUGUUGGCUGUUCUUCAACCUCGACGGGCCCCGCUGCAGUAUGAUCUCCACGUCUUCUCAUCCAGGACGAACGAGUGGACAACCGAUACCACUCUACUUUAGAUCUUGUGCUGAGGAAGCCAUCAGGAAUCUAAACAGAGUUCAGAUUGGUAGGAAGGGUCUGAGCCUUUCAUGGAGCAGUAGCAAACUGAACAGAGCCACCCAAGCAGAGGAUAAGUGA